AUGGACUCUUCCCACGACGUCGACGACUCCACCGACUGGAUAUCGACGUCCUUAUCCGCGUUCGAACCGCUCGAGCAAGCCUUACGCUGCGAAAUCUGCAAAGGCUUCUACGACAACCCCGUCAUCACGUCGUGUUCGCACACCUUCUGCUCACUAUGCAUACGGCGGAGCAUUGCCAGGGAUGGGAAGUGUCCGAUAUGCACAUCUGCAUGUCAAGCAGACAAAUUGUCGCCUAACAUAGCCGUGCGCGAGAUUGUCAGCAAGUUUCGAGAUGCACGGCCGAAGGCGCUGGAAUUGGCGCGCGCGGACAGAAACACGGCAGAGGCAACUGCGAGCGGCACGAAGAGGAAGAUCGAGGAGACAGAUUUAGAGGACGGAGAGCCUGUACGGCUGACCAGAUCGCGGCUAACGCGGAGUCGCAGUCGCCGUGGCGACGGGACAGAUGAGAUGCCUGUUGUAAUACCGGAUAGCGGAGACGAGAAGGAUGAAGACUUCAUGCCGGAGGGUAUGGUCAAGUGCCCAUCUUGCAGCCAGCCCAUGAAGGAGGAGCUGGUGUUCACGCAUCUGGAUGUUUGUCCAGGGCCGGGGGGUGCCGCAGGACGCCAUACACGGUCGAGAACAAACAACGCUUUUACCAAUACGCUGCAACGAAAAAAGGAGCCCCCUCCCCCGACGAGUCGGUUAUCAGGCCUCAAUUAUGCAAUGCUAACAGAGUCGGCGCUGAAGAAGAAGUUAAAAGACCUCGGUAUACCUAGCAUUGGGUCGAAACCGCUCUUGGUAAAACGACACCAGGAGUGGUUGAAUCUAUGGAACUCGAACUGCGAUGCGGCGGAGCACACCAGAAAGUCAAAGCGAGAGCUUCUAAGAGAGCUCGAUGAAUGGGAACGCACUCAGGGUGCACAAGCGAACAACAAGGAAUCCCAUAUCAUGAGAAAGGAUUUUGAUGGGCAGAGCCACGCCGUUGUGCAUAAGAGCCACUUCGAUGAUCUUAUUGCGGCCGCGAGGAAGAAGAGGGCAACGGCGGCACCAAAGGAAGAAAAGGACGUACCCGAGGAUCCCAUGCAGCAGAACCAGGAACCAAAGUUGGAGCCUCAAGCCCAACCGAGACAAGAGCCGCAGCCACAGCCACUCGUCGACUCAACAAACCCAUAUGAAGGGAACGAGGACGCCCUAUCUACCAUCAGAGACAAGGUGGAAGAGGCAAACCGUACUGAAUCCGUUUUCCCUCCCCUUGAUCCGGCGACGUCAAAAGCGAACUACGCGGCGGCUGAGGAGACCCAGCAACUUCCGGACCCAACAGGCUUCCCGGAUUCAUUCGCGUCCCCGACGAGAAAGGUGCCCAUGUUCUCGAUGCCCGAAGAGCCCGUUGUCGAUGUAGAGUCGACCACCGUCCAAUAG